AGCAAAAAAGUUCGAUAUCCCUUCCGUAGCCGUAGUUUACAGGAAUGGAAAGUCCCGGAGGAAUUUCUCACUCCCUCAACGGUGAAUCGUCAUCAUCGAUCAAGGAUUAUGAGGUUUUCUUGAACUUCAGAGGGCCUGACACUCGCUUAACCAUCACCGACUCUCUCUAUGAGACCAUGAUCCGGGCCGGGAUACACGUCUUUAAAGAUGAUGAAGAGCUCCGUGUCGGGGAAGAGAUCGGAGGCGAGCUUGAGAGAGCAAUCUCCAAUUCAAAAAUCUACAUACCGAUCUUCUCUAAAGAUUACGCUUCCAGUAAAUGGUGCCUCCGCGAGCUCGCGUUAAUGGUGGAGCAUAGGAAGAGAGACAAGAAAGUGAUCUUGCCCAUCUUCUAUGAGGUGGAUGCAUCCGAUCUUAAGCUCAAAACUGGAUCGUACGGUCAGGCCCUACGCAAGCAUGAGAGACAGUCCGGUGAAAAUGUGGCCAAGCAGUGGGAGGGGGCCCUAAGAGAGGUCGCCGGAAUAAAGGGAUGGAACUUAAAAGAUCACGGCCAAGAUAAACUUAUAGCACUUGUUCUGGAAGAAGUUUUCGAAAAGCUGAGGUCUACACAGAGAAACUGGCGUGAUGGCUUGGUGGGAAUUCAUGAUCGGAUGGAAGCCGUUAUGAAGUUGUUAGGCCUAGGCACUUCCGGCGUACGAUUUGUUGUAAUUCACGGUAUGGGCGGUAUUGGGAAAACAACUCUUGCUAAGGCCAUCUUCAAGCAUAUUUCUUCCCAGUUUCAUUGUUCCAGCUUUCUUUUAGAUAUCCGUGCAGACAAUAUUUUAAGUCUGCAAAAAAAAUUAUUAUGUGACACUCAUUUUCCAAAAAUUACAAUUAUUGAUGCUGAUGUUGGGAUGGAAGUGAUUAAACGUGCAUUCAGGCAUAAGAAAGUCAUCCUUGUUCUUGAUGAUAUGGACAAGAGGGACCAGCUCAUGAAACUAGCUGGUGAGUCUAGUUGGUUUGGUUCAGGAAGCAGAAUUAUUAUCACAACUAGGAACACCUAUUUCUUUGCUACCGAAACCGACACCCUAGAUGACAAUAUCGUCCCACUAGGUCAUCGAGAUUUCUUUUUUUAUGAAAUGAAGGAAAUGCAAUUUGACUAUGCUCUUCAACUAUUCAGCAAGCACUCCUUCGAAAGAGACUCACCUCCACAUGAUUACAUCAGCAUUUCAAGUGAAAUUGUCAGAAUUACUGGAGGACUACCGUUGGCUCUCGAGGUCAUAGGUUCAUUACUCCAUUCACAAAGCAAGAGAAUGUGGAAAGACACUUUGGAGAAGUUGAAGAAAGUGCCCGAUCAGCAUGUCCAGAAAAAGUUGUUGAUAAGUUACGAAGAAUUGGAGUAUGAGCAACGACAAAUUUUUCUUGACAUUGCAUGUCACUGCAUUGGUGAAGAAAGAAUCCCUGCAUAUUACAUGUGGAAAGCUUGUGAAUAUUUUCCAAAAACUGGACUCUGUAUCCUUAUUCAUUUAUCGUUGAUAAAAAUCAUCGAGGAUGAUAGACUAUGGAUGCACGACCAACUCAGAGAUCUUGGAAGAGAGAUUGUUAGGAAAGAAUGCAUUGAAGUUCCUGGAAAGCGUAGCAGGUUGUGGUGUCCUAAGGUCGCCUUAGAUGUGGUUCAGUAUAACCGGGGAACAGAAAACAUUGUAGCACUCAAACUCACAAGACUUGCCAACGCGCACAAUUUUUUGAGUGGCGAAAUUUCAAGGCUGCCUAGUUUAAGGUUCCUUGAAUUAGAUGGGGGAAACUUUGUAGGAGACUUCAAAAAUCUUCUCUUGAAUCUAACAUGGCUCUCUUGGCAUCAUUGCCCUUCAAACCUACAUGCCACCGGUUUAUGUCUAAGGAACUUGGCCGUUCUCAAGCUUUCAGAGACCGACAUUACUGAAGAUUGGAAUGGAUGGGGACCAUGCACGGUGAGUGAUAACCUGAAAGUCAUAUAUCUGACUCGCUGCCAUUGCUUAACGACGACACCUGACUUCUCAAAGUGCGUGAAUUUGAAAAGAUUGGUUCUUGAUGAUUGUUGUAGAUUGGAAGAAAUCCAUGGCUCUAUCGAUCAGCUGGGGCGCCUAAAGUACUUGGAAAUCCGUAAGGAGAAACGUAUAACACUAAGAUAUCAUUCGUCUAAUGCUUUUGACGAUGUCAACGAUUUUUCCAUUCCUCUAAUACCAACCUCAAUUGGUGGUCUAAAAUCCUUGUCAAUGCUGAAGGUGGAAAAUCAGGAUCAUUUUAGUGAACUUCCACACUCAAUAGGAGAGCUACUAGGUUUGAAGCAUCUGACACUACGCAAUUGCACUAAGCUUAGAAAGCUUCCAGAUUCCAUUGGAGAGUUGAAAUCGCUCCUCUAUUUGGAUUUAUCUCGCACUCGCAUAUGUGGAUUACCAGAUUCGAUCGGAAGACUAGAAUCGCUACUCAAAAUGGAUCUAUCUCUAACACUUAUUGCAGAAUUACCCAAUUCUAUUGGCAAUCUUAGACGGUUGAAGUUCAUGUGUUUGGGUGGCACUUCAAUAAGUGAGCUACCGAAGAACAUAUGGACUCUGGAGAGUCUUGAGGAGUUGAUUGCUAGAGGUUGUCCACGUCUCAAAGGCGAAAUUCCAAUGGAAAUCGCGGGACUAUCCCAAUUGACGAUUCUUCACUUGUCCAGGACCGGAAUUAGUAGUCUGCCGAUGACAAUCAAUCGGCUUUCUAAUCUCCGAGAACUUGUUUUAUCGGAUUGUGACAGGCUUCAGACACUACCAGAUCUCCCGACAAGUUUAACAAAGCUAGAGUUGUCCUCUUCAUCGUUGCAGGCAGACGCCGACCUCUCGAACCUCAUUAAUUUACUUCAUCUGGACAUAAGUAAUUGCGCUUAUGACUUUCAGUCUUUCAAAACUAAACAGGGACAAAUUCCACAUCCGAACCUAGAGGGGCUUGGAAGGCUGCAUAAAUUGCAGAUGUUGAGGCUGGUUCUUUCCGAUUCCAACUUACCUCCAACUGACUUGAGCUCCCUUUCUCAGCUCCGGUCACUUGAAUUAACUUGUCCAGACCCACAGUCUUUGAUACGGCUUCCGUCCAGUUUAGAAGUCUUGAGCUUAGAAGAUGUGAGGAGACCAAUAGAAUGGCCACUGUUCUCCAACUUGGGCAAUUUGUCUGAAUUAAAGCUCUCUGGCUGUCAGUUAAGAGAGCUUGAGUUUGACAAUGUGCUUGGACAGCUGGAGAAACUCCAUUGCUUGCAAGUGCGCAAGUCUGAGUCGCUUGUGAGGCUAUCCAACCUAUCAAGCUUAAAGGAGCUCCAAGUGCUGAGCGUGGAGUACUGCCCGCAGCUAACCGUGAUCGAAUCCCAACCAUCUUCAACUGGAGAUUGCAGUUCCACGGAGAGGCCCAUUCCCGAUUCACGGAAGCUAGAGAAGCUCCAGUCUUUUAGAGUCUACUAUUGCGCAUCAGUGCGAAAGUUGCCUGCUAUACCAAAUGCGUGCGAUGUCGAGGUUUACCCAUGGAAAUUUUUAAAAAGGUCUGGAUGAGGGGCCGUUUUCGCAAAUGGGCGCUCCGUAAUUGAAUUGCCUGAUUGCCGAUGGUCCAAUUCUUCGCCGGCUAACGAGCAUGUGCAUGUGCAUGUCCCGCCAUCAUCCGCGCCCUGGACUGAGACAUUUUCGUCUGAUACUUGUCUGAGCCCCGAAUUUCCCAAAAAGAGCACAUUGAAGAAGAAGAAGAAGAAGAAGAAGAAGAGAAGAGUCGAGGACAUAUAAAAGAUGAGCAAUCGGUGUGGCCCGCCCAAGCACUGGAACUGCUGCGCCAGGAAGCCCAACGCCGGCGCUAAAAUCAACGAAACGGAAGUUGGACGGGAAGUUUCGGCCGUACUCCGAGAUAGCUGGAGUUUGCGCUCGAUGUGAAGAGUAGAUUGAGCGGAAACGCCGUUGCCGUAAGUAUAA